UCCAGGAGUUGAGCAAGUAUGUAUGAGAAACAAAUAAACAAGAUGAUCUUGUAAUGAACAUAGGAGCUAAUGCUACUGAGCCAGCCAGCACACCAGUAGAAGAGAAAAAGGAGAUAAUAUAUGAUAAGUGGGAUGAUGCUAUCUGAUGAAACUAAGGGUAAAUCUAGAUGGAGAUUCAAAUUCUGGUUUUCUGUCCAAAACUCGUAUCCAUAUCCAUAUCCAUAUCCUGUCUCUUUUCUCUUUAUUAGUCAAUAAUUUUACAAAAUAUUGCAUUUAUGCUUUAAUAAUUGGCAGAUACACAAUAGCUAUCCGCAGUUUGUAGUUGAAGCAAAGAACAACCUAUGCAUGUAAACGUAGGAUGAUGAUGCAAAGAAGGGAGAAAGAACUCCGUACAUAAAUUGAAUGAUGACCUCAUUAAAACCUUAUUUGAGUUAUGUAGGCCAAUGGUGGAGUUCCCACAAACUAGUGUUCUCCAACUAUGGAUGCCAUGUAAGAUUUUCUGGUCACUGUUUCUUUUGCUAUCUUUACCCAACUUGUUCCAGCUUGUAUAAGAAGGCUUCAACCUCUCUUGAGUUUGCCACAAUUCACAGCAGGAAUGGCUUCCCAAGCAGCUAUGCAAGGAGAAAAAAUGCGCAAGGGGCCUUGGCACGAGGAAGAAGAUGAGGUGCUGAUAACUUUUGUGACCCUUUUGGGGGAGCGAAGAUGGGAUUACUUAGCUAGAGCAUCAGGUCUAAAAAGGAGUGGUAAGAGUUGCAGGUUGCGAUGGUUGAACUAUCUUCGUCCCAAUAUUAAGCAUGGUGAUAUAAGCAUUGAGGAGGAACAAAUCAUCCUUCAACUUCAUCAGCAAUGGGGUAACAAGUCAAGAAUUGCGCAAAGGUUGCCUGGAAGAACUGAUAAUGAGAUCAAGAACUACUGGAGAACUCAUCUAAGCAAAAAAAUGCAAGCUCAACGAGAAGAAAACUUUUAAUGUGGAGGAAAUAAUUCUGAACAAGAUUUCAUGUUUCAGAAAGUUGAUUUUGAUGUCCAAAAAUACGAGCCUGAUGACCACCAUAUUCUUAAGGAUGCUGCAGGAACUGGGAACACCUCUUUCGAUGCAUCUGAGUGUUCAAACUUUGGAAAUACAAUUUCACCCUAUGAAGCCAGAUUAUUAGAUUGGAUGACGGAGUUUUCAAGUGAUGAAAGUAACAUAACUCAUCAAGAGAAUAGUAUAGAGUCAAAUUAUUAUUACCAGACAAGAAUUUCUGAUGAUACUGACGUAUGGGGUUGGUCAGGCUCCAUCUGGGAUAUGAACUAAGCUGACACUGGAAGUUAAUAUCUGAAAUGUGAAUAGAAAGAAUUUGCAAGCUGUAAAACAAGGCUUGUUUAUGUCACCAUUCAAGAAUUUGUGUAAAUCCGAAGUUCCUUUCCUCUCUCAUUCUCUAAAAUAUUCAUUUCUGUUCUCUUUUCUGCUUGAUUCAUCACCAGAAGUUGAGAAGU